GAAAAGGAGGUGGUAAUGGAGGUAAUUUCUGCUAGGAAUCCAAUAAGCAAUGUAUUGGAAAGAGCUGGGGUUUAUGGGUUUGUAGGGAGCAGCACAAAAAGGUGCAAUAAUGAAUUUCAAGAUGAAGAAUAUGAUACGAUGGAAAUGGUGCAAAUUGGUGCUGAAAGGACCAAAAAUGUGCUUAUUUUGAUGAGUGAUACAGGAGGUGGACAUAGAGCUUCAGCUGAGGCGAUUCGCGAUGCUUUCCAUUUGGAAUUUGGGGAUGAGUAUAAUAUAUUUGUAAAGGAUGUUUGGAAGGAAUACACAGGCUGGCCAUUGAACAGCAUGGAACAACAAUAUAAGUUCAUGGUCAAACAUGUGCAGCUUUGGAGGGUUGCAUUUCACAGCACGUCCCCUCGGUGGAUACACUCUGCUUAUCUUGCUGCCAUUGCCGCCUUCUAUGCCAAGGAGGUUGAAGCUGGCCUAAUGGAGUACAAGCCCGACAUUAUCAUUAGUGUUCAUCCUCUUAUGCAACAUAUUCCUUUGUGGGUUCUUAAAUGGCAAGGUCUACAAAAGAAAGUAAUCUUUGUCACAGUUAUUACAGAUCUCAGUACUUGCCACCGUACAUGGUUUCACCCUGGAGUCAACCGAUUGUAUUGCCCCGCUGAUGAGGUUGCAAAGAGGGCGUUACUAGAUGGAUUGGAAGAAUCUCAAAUACGUGUUUUUGGGUUGCCUAUUCGUCCCUCUUUUUGUAGGGCAGUUCUUUCCAAGGAUGACCUCAGAGUAGAGCUUGAGAUGGAUCCUACGUUGCCAGCAGUGUUGCUGAUGGGUGGGGGUGAAGGGAUGGGACCCGUGAAAAAAACUGCAAAGGCUCUCGGAGAAGCUCUUUUCGACAAAGAAAUGGAGAAACCUAUUGGUCAAAUGGUUGUCAUAUGUGGACGUAAUGAAGAGUUAGCAUCCACAUUACAAUCACAUGAAUGGAACAUCCCGGUCAAGAUUAAAGGAUUUCAGAAGCAGAUGGAGAAAUGGAUGGGUGCGUGUGACUGUAUUAUCACAAAGGCUGGACCUGGUACAAUUGCUGAAGCAUUAAUCAGAGGGCUUCCGAUUAUUCUCAACGACUACAUUCCUGGACAAGAAAAGGGAAAUGUUCCAUACGUGGUGGACAAUGGAGCCGGUGUUUUCACACGAAGUCCUAAGGAAACAGCCCGAAUUGUUGCAGAGUGGUUCAGCACUAAGAGCGAUGACCUCAAAACAAUGUCAGAGAAUGCACUAAAACUCGCACAACCUGAUGCAGUUUUUGACAUUGUGAAGGACAUUCACGAGCUCGCAUGCCAAAGGGGUCCACUUGCAAACAUUCCUUACGCGUUCACAUCUUCAUUUUCAAGCUUAAUUUAACCAGAUAGAUUCUUUUCUCUUUCACUACAAGGUCUAAGGUUUGUUCUAGUAGGAUAUUAGGUUCAAUGAUCUUCAUUCUUUGGCCAGAAUCAUUUGGCGCUCAUUUAUAAUAUGUUAGAUUAUCUAGACAAAUUCUGAUCCUUGGUUAGUUGGAAAAAAAAGGGCAAAAAAAGGAGAAGUUUCUCAUGUUGGAGUGUUGAAUACAUUCUUUUAGUAUUAAGAUUAUUUGUCUUUUAGGACCUGUUUGAGGUUGCUUCAGAAUUGAAGAAGUUUCACUUGUCCUGCAAAAGUUGAUAUUAUCAGUGUUGAAUAUAUUGUUUGGUUUUUUUUCAA